UCCUACAAGAUUAUUAAUUUUGCCCCCAGCUUGCUUCGGAUCAUAGUCUCCGACCAGGUGGAGUUCCCAGUUCGUCAGGCAGCUGCCAUCUACCUGAAGAAUAUGGUGACACAGUACUGGCCAGACAGGGAGCCUCCACCAGGAGAAGCGAUAUUUCCAUUUAAUAUCCAUGAGAAUGACCGACAGCAAAUUCGUGACAGCAUUGUGGAGGGGAUAAUUCGAUCUCCGGAUCUGGUGAGAGUCCAGUUAACAAUGUGUCUCCGAGUCAUCAUCAAACAUGAUUUUCCUGGUCACUGGCCUGCAGUGGUCGACAAGAUAGACUAUUACUUGCAGUCACCAAACAGUGGGAGCUGGCUUGGCAGUUUGCUAUGCUUGUAUCAGCUGGUGAAGACCUAUGAAUAUAAGAAAGCAGAGGAAAGAGAGCCUCUCCUGGCAGCCAUGCAGAUAUUUCUGCCUCGAAUUCAGCAGCAAAUCCUGCAGUUACUUCCCGAUGCCUCCCAUUACUCUGUGUUGCUACAGAAACAGAUUCUGAAAAUCUUCUAUGCUCUUGUCCAGUACGCGCUGCCUCUCCAGCUGGUCAAUCACCAGACCAUGACGACGUGGAUGGAGAUCUUUCGGACCAUCAUUGACAGGAUGGUCCCUCCGGAGACUCUUCAAAUUGAUGAGGAUGACCGACCAGAGCUGGUGUGGUGGAAGUGUAAGAAGUGGGCUCUGCACAUUGCUGCCCGUCUCUUUGAGCGGUAUGGAAGCCCGGGAAAUGUCACAAAAGAAUACUUCGAAUUUUCUGAAUUUUUUUUGAAAACCUAUGCAGUAGGAAUCCAGCAGGUACUACUAAAAAUUUUAGACCAAUACAGACGGAAAGAAUAUAUAGCCCCCCGUGUUCUUCAGCAAGCAUUCAACUAUCUCAACCAAGGGGUUGUCCACGCUGUGACUUGGAAGCAGCUGAAGCCACACAUACAGAACAUCUCUGAAGAUGUGAUUUUCUCUGUGAUGUGUUACAAAGAUGAGGAUGAAGAGCUGUGGCAAGAAGAUCCAUAUGAAUACAUAAGGAUGAAGUUUGAUAUUUUUGAAGAUUAUGCUUCUCCCACCACUGCAGCCCAAGCCCUUUUGUACACAGCUGCGAAGAAGAGGAAAGAGGUGUUGCCAAAAAUGAUGGCGUUCUGUUACCAGAUACUAACAGACCCGAACUUUGACCCUAGGAAGAAAGAUGGAGCCCUGCAUGUGAUUGGUUCCUUGGCUGAGAUUUUGUUGAAGAAGAGUUUAUUCAAGGACCAAAUUGAACUCUUUCUACAGAAUCAUGUGUUUCCAUUAUUAUUGUCUAACCUGGGAUAUCUUCGAGCUAGAUCCUGCUGGGUGCUGCAUGCAUUUAGUUCCCUGAAAUUUCAUAACGAGCUCAACCUCAGAAAUGCAGUUGAAUUAGCGAAGAAAAGCCUGAUUGAAGACGAGGAGAUGCCCGUCAAGGUGGAAGCUGCCCUGGCGCUGCAGUCACUGAUCUCUAACCAGACUCAAGCCAAGGAGCACAUGAGACCACAUGUGAGGCCCAUCAUGCAGGAGCUGCUGCACAUUGUCAGGGAGACGGAGAAUGAUGAUGUCACCAACGUCGUCCAGAAGAUGAUAUGUGAGUACAGUCAGGAGGUGGCCUCCAUCGCUGUCGACACAACCCAGCACUUGGCUGAGAUAUUUGGUAAAGUUCUUCAAAGUGAUGAGUAUGAAGAAGUCGAAGACAAAACUGUCAUGGCUAUGGGAAUUUUACAUACUAUCGACACCAUCUUAACAGUUGUGGAAGAUCACCAUGAGAUCAUACAGCAGUUGGAGAACAUCUGUCUGAGAAUCAUCGAUCUUGUUUUACAGAAGCGUGUCAUUGAAUUCUAUGAAGAAAUCCUUUCCCUGGCCUUCAUCUUAACCUGCCAUGCCAUCUCCCCGCAGAUGUGGCAUCUCCUGGGCAUUUUAUAUGAAAUUUUCCAGCAGGUUUUCUCUGAGUACUUCACAGACAUGAUGCCCCUCCUGCAUAAUUAUGUGACAGUAGACACCAACGCGUUGCUGUCAAAUCCAAAGCACUUAGAAGUCUUGUUCACUAUGUGCAGGAAGGUACUGUAUGGAGAGGCAGGAGAGGACGCUGAGUGCUUCGCCGCCAAACUCCUGGAAGUCAUCAUUCUUCAGUGCAAAGGAAGGGGAAUUGAUCAGUGUAUCCCGCUGUUUGUUCAACUUGUCUUGGAGAGAUUGACCCGUGGGGUCAAGACCAGCGAGCUGCGCACAAUGUGUCUUCAGGUGGCGAUCGCCGCUCUUUACUACAACCCUGAGCUGCUGCUGCACACCCUGGAGCAGGUCCAGCUGCCACACAACCCAGGACCUGUCACCUCGCAGUUCAUAAACCAGUGGAUGAAUGACACCGAUUACUUCCUUGGACACCACGACCGGAAGAGGUGUAUCAUAGGACUGAGCAUCCUCUUGGAACUGCAGCACCGACCUCCUGCUGUGGACGCAGUGGCUGCACAGAUCCUGCCUUCCAUUCUCUUCCUGUUCCUUGGCCUGAAGCAGGUCUGUGCUACCCGUGAACUGGUAAACCGCGGAGAUCCCUCAAAAGCAGAGAAAGCCGACAUGGAGGAAAAUGAGGAGAUUUCCAGUGAGGAGGAGGAGGAGACAAGUGUUACUGCUCAAGCUAUGCAGUCACACAAUGGCAGAGUUGAAGAGGAAGAAGAGGACGACUGGGAUGAAGAAGUGCUGGAGGAGACAGCCCUCGAGGGCUUCAGCACCCCACUGGACCUUGACAACAGUGUGGAUGAGUACCAGUUUUUUACACAAGCUCUACUGACUGUGCAGAAUCGGGAUGCCGCCUGGUAUCAGCUGCUGGUGGCACCACUCAGUGAGGACCAGAAGAGAAAGCUUCAGGAGGUGUACACAGUGGCAGAGCAUCGACGGACAAUGGCAGGUCAGUCCCCCGGUGGCUGCCAUCAGGGAGGCUUCACAUUUGAGGACAAGGGCAUCUUCUCUGCCUUUACCUUUGGGGUCGCGCCCAGCAACAACCGAAAGGCGCAUCCAACCGUUCACCGACCAUCAUCACCGUUGCUGCAUAUUUCACGGGAUGCGAGAGGGCCGAGAGAGAGGGAAGCAAGGGGCUGUGUCAUCGGCAUCAGGCAGCCGUGGACUCGCUCGCCCUUCCCUUGUUCCUUCUAACCUGGAAUACGUAUUUUUCAACAGCUACUGUAAUGUACGAAGUUUAAGAAAAGCAGAAUCAUUGAUCAGAAAGGACAAAGCGUCUGCUCGGAAGGACGAACGCUGAGGGGUUUAGAGUUAGGUACGGCGCAUGCGUCUCAGGUUUUUGCCAUGCAGAAUCAGUGGAUUUAUGCGGAUAACAGUGCCUUCUGUUGUACAUGAAUUAUCAGAAAAAAAAUUUUUUUGGAGUGCGUUGCAAUUUUUUUAAAUCAUGAAACGUAUUUCUAGAUACCCUGUAACCUUGGUUAUGUGUCAUUUUAUUCUGCUUUUUACUCUGUACUGACUGACAGGCAGUUAGUGCAAGUCUCACUCUGGUUUCAGAAACGACCCUGCCCCCUUUGGCCACCCUGCGCCCAGAGGAUUUUUCUUCAAAGGUUGGAGCUUAGGCAGUGGCUUUGGUUUUCCAAAAGUCAUCUGCAGCUUUCCUGAGCACUGUUGUAUAUUCCCUUUUCCAUCACAUUUUCCCUCUUGAACAGGGUGAUGUUUCUUUUAGGAUCACAAAUGUGUUGAUUACAUUGUAACCUGCUAAGUUCAGGGUUUACCCGCUUCUUGGCAGCCGGCAGCAGAGAGUGGUUAGUUACUGUUGUCAGUCACUGGGCUUAGCAGCUGAGCAAGACCGAAGUUCUUAGGAAUCAUGUGUUUAAUUAUGCUGCAGGGGUUGGGGGCAUCCAAAUACGAAGGCACAUUGAAGUUCUAAGCAGACAGUGAUUUCUGUGUGGGGACUUGGUCGGUAGUAACUUACCAUUCAUUCUAGCCAUGUAGGACAGGGCCCAAUGCAUUUUACAAUUUUUUUUUUUUUU